AAUUGCCACAAUUAUAUUAAUUUUACUCUCCUUUUUCUUACUUUAAGAAUUCUUUUUAUAAUUAAAAGUUUGUUCUAAACAAUGCCUUCUCAUUUCGACACUCUUCAGCUUCAUGCUGGCCAAACCCCAGAAGCUCCCCACAAGGCUAGAGCUCCUCCAAUCUAUGCCACCUCUUCUUAUGUCUUCAAUGACUCCAAGCAUGGUGCUCAACUUUUCGGAUUAGAAACCCCAGGUUACAUUUACUCUCGUAUUAUGAACCCAACCAAUGACGUCUUUGAACAAAGAAUUGCUGCACUUGAAGGUGGUAUCGGAGCUGUUGCAACUUCCUCCGGUCAAUCUGCUCAAUUCCUUGCCCUUGCUGGUCUUGCCCAUGUUGGUGACAACAUUCUUUCCACCUCUUACCUUUAUGGUGGUACUUACAACCAAUUCAAGGUUGCCUUCAAGAGAUUAGGAAUUGAAGCCAGAUUCGUUAACGGAGAUAAGGCUGAAGAUUUUGCUAAACUUAUCGAUGAUAAGACCAAGGCCAUCUAUUUGGAAUCAAUUGGUAACCCAAAGUAUAACAUUCCAGAUUUCGAAAAGAUCACCAAGUUGGCCCACGAUAACGGUAUCCCAGUUGUUGUUGACAACACCUUUGGUGCUGGUGGUUACUUGGUUCGUCCAAUUGACCAUGGUGCUGACAUUGUUGUCCAUUCCGCUACCAAGUGGAUUGGUGGACACGGUACCACUAUUGCUGGUGUCAUUGUUGACUCUGGUAAGUUCCCAUGGACUCAAUACCCAGAAAAAUUCCCACAAUUCUCCAAGCCUUCUGAAGGUUACCAUGGAUUGGUUUUGAGUGAAGCCUUGGGUAACGCUGCUUACAUUGGCCACGUUAGAAUUGAAUUGUUGAGAGAUUUGGGUCCAUCCUUGAACCCAUUCGGUGCCUUUUUGUUGAUCCAAGGUUUGGAAACCUUGUCUUUAAGAGUUGACAGACAAUCUGAGAACGCCUUGAAAUUGGCCAAGUUCUUGGAAGCUUCUCCACACGUUGCCUGGGUUUCCUACUUGGGAUUGCCAUCUCAUGAAAGUCACGAAUUGAGUAAGAAGUACUUGAACAACAAGGAAAUUUAUGGUGGUGCCUUGUCAUUCGGUCUUAAGCCAUUGAAUGAGACUCAGGAAGAUCCAUUCAAGGAAGCCAGUCCUAGAGUUGUUGACAACUUGAAGGUUGCCUCCAACUUGGCCAACGUCGGUGACUCCAAGACUUUGGUCAUUGCUCCAUACUACACCACCCAUCAACAAUUGAACGAAGAGGAAAAGCUUGCCUCUGGUGUUACCAAGGACUUGGUUAGAGUUUCUGUUGGUACCGAGUUCAUUGACGAUAUUAUUAACGAUUUCCAACAAGCUUUUGACGAAGUUUACGGAGCUUAAACGAUAGGGGAGAUAUAUGUAUUUAUGUACUAGACGAAAAGAAUAAUAAACAAUUAAUAAGCAAA